UAUCCAUCGGAAAUCUUAAUCUGCCGGCUACCAUCAACUUCAACGGACCAACAAAGGCCAAAAUCACCGACUAUUCCUAGGACCCUAAACAAAGAGGAUGUGCCAACAAUUCCACAAUUCCCCAAAAUCCAUUCCAUACACAAUUCUUGCCACUCAUAUCUAAUCCACUAAUACACAAUUCUUUAUGACCCAGUUAGAGAAAUAGGAGAAGUCCGAAAAACGUAGAGGAGAAAGAAGGAGCAGAGGAGAUGCAGAGCUUGGAUGCGGAACAUGCGACAAAGAAGUGAUUGGGUAAUUUCGUUUUAAGAUAAAUAAAUCAUUUCUCAUUAUAAUCAUCCCUAAAGUUCAAUUUAAUUACAAAAAUACCUAGGAGCAGCUAGAAGCAAGUAAAUACCAUGUAUGAAGGUAUGUAGAUAUGUAGGUAUGUGGGUGUACACACAUACACACACAUAUACAUACACAUACACACAUAUACAUACUUACACAUACAUACUUACAUACACCCAUGACCCAUCCAUGCAUGGAUGCAUGCAUACAUACAUACAUAAUGGCCUUAUUAUUAGCACUCCGUAUUCCUCCCCUUCCUUUAUUUGUCCUUUAAUUUUUAAUGAAUGCAUGGUUAUUGCAAUCAUUAUAGAGAACUUUCACACAUAUAUUAAAAGAAAAUAGAGAACUUCCACACCAAGGUUCCAUUUUGUUGGAGGAUUUUGGAGGCAAGGAGACAAUAGUUUUAUCAUGAAUAAAGAUUGGAAACAUUUUUCAGACAUGACAAACAAUCACAUAUGAAAACAACACAUUAACCAUAAAAAACAAUUAUCAAUUGACCAUUGAAUAAGUGACCAUUGACCAUCACGCACUCCCGAAGUUAUCAUUGACCACACAAGCCUUUUAGCAAAUGAAUAGACAAAACACCAACAUUAUCAAUUAAACGAAUUGGGAUGUCAUCCUUUUUUUUAUCUACUAAACCAUUGAAAAAACAAUGAAUGUGAUUGGACUAGGCAACAACAACAACAAUAAAAAAGGUGAAAAAAUGAAUGCAUAUCAUAUUCACACAACUCGUCCAUGAGAUUACUUCGAUCCAGCAAAUAAGUAACGAUCUAAUCAAAUUAAGCAUACACUACUUUACCAAAUUACUUUGAUCACAAACAAUAUAAAUAAUUGAUCUGAGAAUAAAGAGUGAUCACGAUUUAUGCGGAUGAUGUGUCGUUGACACUAGUUCAAGAUAGAUGAGAAGCUUGACAAAAAACUCAAAGAAUACUAGUGACAUACCCGAUAAUUUGAGAAGCCCAACAAAAAUUAAGAACUAUGAAAUUAGUGCUAUAGAGAAAUUGGUAUUCAUAACAUCUGAUCCAAACAACUUGUACCAAGAUUGAUAGAUAAAAAAUCCAGACAAUCUAAGAAUUUCCGCUAGAUUUGGUGAAGAACAAAGAAGAAAACAUUCCACUCAUGUCUUGCGGCUAGGGUUUUGGUGUUGCAUGUUCUUUUGAAUAAAUAAACUAGGUUUAGACUGUUACAAAAGUCUAAAUCCGUUCUUCUAAGGGAAAAUGGUUAAAAAGACCCUUAAAUAAUUUCCAAUUCAUCACUUAAGCCCUUCUAUUAAAGAAAACAUCAUAUAAGUACGCUUACUUUUUAAAUAAAUUUCCAAUUGUAAUUUAGGGGUAUUGACAAAUUUUAUAAAAAAAUCAUACUCCCUCCGUCCCGUUGGACUUUGCCAACUUUCCCUUUUAGGUUGUCUCAACAAAAUUUGUCACGUUCCUAUUAAAGUAACUAAUUUGUGGUUCCACACAUUUUUCUCUCCUCUGCACAAAAUCUCAACCACACAUGUUUUAAUAUUCUUAUUUCUCACCUACUUUGCACUUGGCAAAGUCCAUCGGGACGGAGGUAGUAUAAAUUUGAAAAAUAAUGUAAUAAUAAUAUAAAAAUAGUAUAAAUGUAAAAAUGGAUAAAUAUUUCAAAGCUCUCAACAUAAAAUAAAACAAAAAAAAAACAGUGAAAAUGUAAAAAAAUAGAAAAUAUAAAAUGUAACAACCUUUUAAAUAGAUGUAGAAUAUACAAAUAAUUUCAAAUUUUCAAAAAAAAAUGACUUUGAGCUUCUAAAAAUUUUCAUAAUUUUUAUCUGUAUUUCUAUAAUUUUUUAAAAAUAUAUAUAAUUUUUUAAUAUAUAAAACCUUUUAUUAUAGGUUAAAAUUGAAUAACCGACCAAAUGGGUCAAUUUUUUAAAGUAGGUGUACUUAUAUGAUACUUCUUAUAGUAUGUAAAACCGUCCCUAAAUAUAUUUACUUUUAUGUAAAUCAUGUAUUGAACCUUUUGAAAUGGUUAAUGAAUUUAUGAGAUUGUAAAUUUUUGUUAUUACGUUUGCGUGCAUAGUGAAUUGCACGUGGGGCCCACAUCGGGAGCGGGGACCACACUAUAUUUAUGGGACCACAUAUUCUAUUCAUCUUGGUCUAGAUAAUAUGUAUAUGGUGGUGGAUAUUUUUGUUGGGUCAGAGAAAAGGCAUAGAGUUGACCCGUUGGUCAAACGAAGCCCAAUUACCACUAUUGGCAAUUUAUCGGAUAACAGCCUGAAAUGAGUUUCGGAGACAUCUAAAUUAAAGUUGGGGAAUGUACUUUCAUUAUAAAGGCCUAUAGUGAUUAAAAACAUGUGUUAUAUUUUAUUUGACCCGAUAAAAUAAAAUAUAAUUAAAACAGACCGAGAAAUACAACUUCCGGGACCGAAUGUACAGUCCAGGGCACAAAGGGAUGACCUCCCACAUGAGUGGGGGUCACCCCACGUUUUUUGUGCUCAAAUUAAUGAGAGGGGGCUGGUUUGACUUGGAGGUGAGGUGAUGAGCAUCAAUGUAUAAGGGUAAUAAGGGGUCCCCUUUUUCCUCACCAUUUGCCAAAAGAGACAAAAAGUGGCAUCCCCUCCUCCCUUCAACCAUAGAGCUCGACCAAGGCCUUCCAAGAGAGAGAAAAAGAAGCUCCAAGUUCAUCCUCCAUUGCUGCAAACCGAGCUCAAGCAAGGUUGAUCCAAGGAAGAAGAUUAAAGAAGAAAAAAAGUUAGGGAAAGUGUGAAGGAUUAAGUUUAUAACCUUAUAAUAACUUUUCUCCUACUUUUUAACUAUCAUAUGACAUAUAUAUCAUAUGGAGGAACCCUAGAAUUGUUCCACAUGUUUAGAAGUGUAGAAUGAGGGGUUGGAAGGUGGUUCUAAGUCCAAGAACGGACUUAGAAGCCAAAAUGACCGGUUCGCCGGAAAAUAACCUUUUAGAGGUUAUUUGUGUUGAUAACUUGAUAUGGGUUUUGUGAUGAUAAAACCAUGUUAAGAGCUUGACUAAAGUGUUCCUAUAAUUCUCCAUAUUGCUUUACUUCCGAGUUCAAUCUUUGGAAGUCUCGGAAUAGUUCUUCUGGUAAUACCCGCGUUGCUCAGGAUGAGUGCUCAGAUUUCUGGCUCAAAGCAUCUGCCACCACAUUAGUUGUUCCCUCGUGUUAUUGGAUUUCCAUGUCGUAAUCACUUAUAAGUUCGAGUCAUCUUCUUUGCCUCAUGUUAUGCUCUUUUUGAGUGAAUAUGUACUUUAAACUUUUGUGGUCACUAUAUAUCUUACAUUGUGCUCCGUAUAGGUAAUGUCUCCACAUCUUCAGAGCAAACACUAUUGUGGCCAACACCAAGUCAAGAGUAGGAUAGUUGACUUCAUGCACCUUUAAUUGUCUUGAUGCAUAAGCCACCACUUUCCUAUUUUGCAUAAGCACACACCCCAACCCCUUCUUAGAUGCAUCGCGUGCCCUUCCGUCCCUGAAGGUAAUGUCAAGACCGGCGCGAUUGUGUGUCUUUUCUUCAACUCCUAAAAUGCUGCUUCGCAAUCUUCAUUCUGAUGGAACUUGGUUGUCUUCUUCGUCAAGUUGGUUAACGGUCUUGCUAUCUUGGAGAAAUCUUAAACAAAUCUCCAAUAGUAACCGGCUAAUCCCAAGAAACUUCUUACAUCCGUGACCGAGGUAGGUGCACGCCACUCAAUCACCACUUCAAUCUUGGAAGGAUCUACGGAUGCGCCCUCUUGGGUACUUUUGUAAUAUUACAUUGUUUAAAUUAUAAACUAUGCUCAUGGAUACUUUUUUAAUACUACAUUGUUUUUGGCUUGCGAGCCUACGUUUUGCCAUAUGUGGCUUAUGAUUGACUGUUGAAUAUUUUCCGUUAUUCUAUCAAUCUAUGAUGUGAUGUUGUUAGGUAUGUUUACUUAUUGAGUAUGGUGUGAACGAUGUUCAUGAACGACUUGUGUGAUUAAGUGAGGUUGACUUACAAGUGACGUCAUUUGAUCACACGACGGUUGUACACACGCUUAGAUGCGGUCUGGGGCGUGACAAUUAAGUGGUAUCAGAGCCAGGUUAGUUUCUAAACUAUGUAAUCAACCUCUCACAAGAGAUUUUACAAAAGAGUUUUACCGAAAACCAUGAGCAUUAUUUUAUUUUGGCGUUUAUAGAACGAUUGUCACCUAAGUUUCAAGGUCUCUAAUUGUUAAGAUGGUACCCUUAACAAUUGGUAUGGCGGUGACUUGGGUCAAUAUGUGUCUAUAACGUUUUCCGUCAGUUGACAUUGAUUGGAGUCUAAUGACUCGUUCAAAUUCCUUUUCAGAAAUGGAGGGUAGACGUAUGCAAACAAGAAACAAUCCGAGAGGGAAAACACUGGUAGCUUCUAUUGGGGCUAGCCGAGCCGCAUCUCGGGGAUCAAGAAGUGGAAGGGGAGGCCGUGGAGGCUGUGGAAGCCGUGGGGGCCAUCGAGCCCAAACUAUGAGCGACAGUCAUGUUAGCUCAGUGUAUGAAACUAACACCGAGAACUAUGACUCAACCUUUGUUCCCGAGACGGAACGUGAGGAGACCCCGUAAGAUGGGGGUGACAUCCACACCGAUGAGGAGGACAAUGAUGAGAGUGAUGCCUGAUUCUCCCAAGGAGGCAAGGGCCAUUGGGUGUAGGUCCUUUGAUGGCACCGGCGCGUUGCCGCCGAUUGGAUCAAGAAACUGAAGGAUGCAUCGAAAGACAUGCAAAUCACAUCUGACGUGAAGUUAAUUGUUGCUUCACGGUUGCUUGAGGGGGAUAGCUUCUACAUGGUGGGAAAGUGUAGAAGGAAAAGAUCAUGGAACUAUUUCAUGGGAGAACUUUGAAUAGGAGUUCUACGCUCAAUACUACUCUCACUACGAAGUUAAUAUGAAGCAUUGGGAGUACACUAACCUCAAGCAAAGGAAAGGUGCAACUAUUAAGCAAUUGGAGCAAGAGUUUAGAAUCUUGGCUACGUUCUUACAUGAGUAUGCGGCCGAUGAGGACCGUAUGACUGAACAUUUUUUGGAUACCCUACACUUAGACAUCCGUAAUCGGGCCACAUACUCGUGCCACAUGACCUUUAGCGAGGUCGUGGAGCCAGGCAUGCUUGGGGAGACCCAAUGGAAUGAGAGAAAAACAAGAGAUGGGAUUGGUUCAUUAAGACCACCGGCGCAGCCGGCAAAGAAGAAUAGAGAUGCAAGGUGGCACGGACCUAGGCCACAGAAUUUGGGGGCACCUAGAUGUCCCAACUGCACAAAGCAGCACUUUGGAAAGUGCAAUGAACCACCGAGGUGCUUUAAGUGUAGGAAUGCGGGCCAUAUGAAGCCCAAUUUCCCUCAAGUGACGCAAGAUAACGCAUCGGGAGCCGGAGGUGGGAUCAUGACGGGGAGAAACCAUGCGGGACCGUCACACGGAGGCACAGGAAGAGGCGGCGCGUCAACAAGCAACACCGUGUCCGUUAACCAAGGCGGGGCCCAAGCAAGGGUCUACGCCAUGACCGAGGCUGAUGCUCGGGCCAACCCAACUCCGUUGCAGGUAAUCCCUUGUUAAAGCUUGAUAAUAUACAUGUAAUUAUGUGUUAAAAUGUGAUAACGGGUUUGUACGGGCUAACCGGCGACGUUACCGGCCGUUUUCUAGCCAAAAGAAGAAUAAAGGAGGCUGUCCAGGGGGCUAUCGACGCCGGUCCCUGGCCAACCAGCGCCGGUUGUAGCGGCCAAUCCUCUGUAAUCAACCGGACCUCCGGUUUUUGCCCAACCGACCCAUAUUUUUCCCCCAACCGGCGCCGGUCAUGGAUCCAACCGGCGCCUGUCCUGAAAGUUUUUCGUCUGUUAGCGACCGGUUAACCGACCCACGAAACUGCCCGGGUCAGGCCCAACCGGCGCCGGUCAGGCCCAGAACUAGUUUUUCGACUUUUGUAUGACCAAAAUCCAAAAAAAUAAAUAAAUUUCGUUUAUAUAUAAAGGUUGAAUGACAAAAAUACCCUUAUUUAAAUUAUGUUCAUUUUGCACUAAUUUCUUCCCAUUAAAAUUACAGCACUUUAUAGUGCCGUUAAUGCGCAACAUUAAUGCAUGAUUUUACUGCACGUCCGAUAAUUAUCACUGCACUUCCGCCAUAUUUAUUCUCUUCUCAUUCACUUGAGGAAUUUAUUUUUUAGUUUUUGUUUUUUAGAUUAAAUAAUUGUAUUAUUUUACGUCUAAUAAAGUAUAUUACAUUUCAUGAUGAUAUUUCUGCUCUGGGCUACUGCAAUUAUGGUCAUAAUCACUGCAUAACAAAAUUUCUUAAUGCAUUCAUUCACUGUCUUGUACAACAUGUCUAUUACCAUGUAUAUUCACUACAAUUCUCGCCAAUGUUGUACCACUAUCUAUUGCCUUCGAAUCACUGCACAUAACACUUUUUCAAUGCAUUUAUUCAUUGUCCAUGUAUAACAUUAAUUAUUGCCAUGUAAACUCACAUACUCAACAACAUUAUUAUAAACUUCAGUGUUCAUUUUCACUGCACAUGUUCAAUGCCUGUAAACCAUAAUUUUAGAAAACACGAAAUUAAGAAGCCCACAAACCCUAAUCUUGAUUAACCAAAAACCAUCGCUGUAGAAGGAACUCGUGUGGUUGGACGGCUGGUUGCUACUGCCUGGAAGGCAAGAACUAUGACGCCCAUGGUGAACAACACGAUGGCAGGGAGGGCUGUUGCAUCUUCCUUGAGGGUCCAACCUUGAAGGCGGUGGUGGUUGAAGCUGAGACCGUCCAUGGACCAGUGCGUCUCUUUGCCCUCGACAUUAUGGCAUCGAAGACAGGUAUGAGGCAGGCUGUCCGAUUGGUGUCAUAUGAGGUAUGCGAGGGCGAGAGGAAGGAGGGUGAGGACCAGACGGCGGUGCUGCUCGACGGCGGCGGUGCUGCUGCUGGGCGGCUGGACAACGGGUCGUAGAACGGCUGUGGAAGUGGCUGUGCGGUUAAGGUUGGAGACAAGAGGCUAUGGUUGGAAAAAAUGAGAAAGAGCUUAGGGUUUUAUAGACAUAGCUUAAAGGGUAUAUUAGUCCAUACAAAUUAACUAAUUAAUUAUUAAUUACGAAAUUAAUUAUAUAUUACCAAUUUAAAUAUUAUUUUGAAAAAAAAACUAGUUAGGUCAUAGAUUGGGAAAGUGGGAGAGUUUUAGUCAUACCUAGGGUAAUUAUCUCUAUAUUAUUAUCAGUUCGUUCAACUCAUCGGGGUUAAUCAUUAUCAUAAUUGUAUUCUUUAUAUGUUAGAAGUAGAGGUGAGAAAAAUCAGAAGAAAGAUGUCAACGGUUCAUUUUAUCUUUUUAGAUUAUCCGAAUAAAAUAUCUAGAACAAAGUCAACAAACCCAAAAAUUCGAGUUCACUAACGACACCUAAAAUCUAUAGCCCUGAUUUUAACUAAUAUAAAAUCAAUGAGCCUUGUUCCAGUCUCCGAUUUUCACACCCGAAAUCUUUAAGAUAAUUUUCAAAUUAAGCACAAAUCGACUUAGACUAGACCCAUCACACCCCUAAUUAGAAAAACACACAAAGAAGUGUAUGUAAGUAUUAUUAUUACUAUCGGUUAAAAAUAAUAUAAAGACAAAAUUUCAAAAAUAUUACUCCCUCCGUCCCACUUUGUAAGACACUUUACAUUUUACGAUGUUUGACCAACGAUAAAGCAAACGGAUCCAUCUCUGCACUCAAAUUAUUUUUAGACAAAAAUAUUACUUAGUAACUAUUAGUGAUUACAAUUGUGUUAAAAUUUACAUCGUAGUAACUAAAUGUAUGUUAUUGUUAUGUAAAUUUUGAACACAGUUGUAGUCACUAAUAGUUACUAAGUCAAUUUUUUUGUCCAUGUCAUUUUUAUUAGUAAUAUUUAAGAAACCCCCCAAAUAUAAACACAUUUAAUAAAAUGUACAUUGUAAGUUUUUUUAUUUAUACUGUUACAUGGGGCAUCGCAGAUUUUUACCGGCUAAUCAUAAAUGGAGACACGACAUAAGUAGCUUUGAUGAGAAGCUUGAGUUAAGGCCUGCACCUAAAGUGUUGUCUGGCGAUGAAAUUCUAAAGCAAUUAGUUGAUCUUAAAGAAGUUGUAUCAACUUCAAGUAACAGUAAAGCUAAGAAGAGAAAGAGAAAAACUUUGUGGAGAAAAAAGAGCAUUUUUUUGAACUGCCAUAUUGGAGUAGUCUUCCAUUACGCCACAAUUUAGAUGUUAUGCAUAUCGAGAAAAAUAUUUCUGAAGCUUUACUUGGGACAUUUCUAAAUAUUGAUGGGAAAAGUAAGGACAAUGUUAGUGCACGUCUUGAUUUGGAGGAGAUGAAUAUAAGAAAAUCAUUGCACCUUAAAAGGCAUAAUGAUGGAAGUGUGGAGAUGCCUGCAGCUCGUUAUACCUUAUCCUCUCAACAAAAAAGAGAUUUUUGCAAGUUUUUGACUAGUGUGAAAUUUCCUGAUGGCUAUGCUUCUAAUAUUUCACAAAAUGCUUUGCUAAAAAAGAAAAAACUUUCUGGAUUGAAAAGCCAUGACCACCAUAUUAUCAUGAAGCAUUUGUUACCUCUUGCAAUACGUAGCUGACAUAACACUUUGUCAGCACCACUUAUUCAAUUGAGCGCCUUUUUUAGAGAGUUAUGCUCUAAGACAUUACAAACUGAUGAGUUAGAACAACUACAGAACAACAUUGUUCAAAUUCUGUGUGAAUUGGAAAGAAUAUUUCCACCUUCUUUUUUUGUGAUUAUGGUACACUUGCCCAUUCACCUAGCAAGAGAAGCUAUCAUUGGUGGGACUGUUCCAUAUCGCUGGAUGUACCCCAUUGAAAGGUAUCUGUGUAAACUUAAAUGGUAAGUGCGCAAUAAAGGUCACCCUGAGGGUUCAAUAACAGAAGAGUAUCUUUUGGAGGAGUGUUUGACAUUUUGCUCAAGAUAUAUGGAUGAUAUAGAAACGAAAUUCACUAAGAAAGAUAGAAUUUCAGAUGAUUUUGAUGUGCAUUUAUCUUCAUAUUGUUUGUCUAUUUUUAUGACAAGAGGAAGAGCAUUGGGAAAGGCAACUCCGAAAUUAGUUACAACAAAUGAAUGGGAAGAAAUUCACUUUUUUGUGUUAAACAAUUGUGACGAAGUAAAGCCAUUUAUCGUUGAUUACCAAAGUGAAGUUGCAAGUAGCACAACGAUGACAUCCAUUCAGAAAAAAAAAUUCAUUCUAUGGUUUAGAGAUCGAGUGACAACAUUGUCCAAGGAAAAUAACUCGAGUGUUUCGAAACACCUACUAGCACUCGCUCAUGGUCCAAAUCGCGCAGUCACUUCUGUUAAUGGUUACAUAAUUAAUGGUUCCAUGUUUCGCACAGUAAAAUCUGAAAGGGGAAGGGAAACACAAAACAAUGGGGUUGUUGCGAAGGGUGAGAGUGGAGUGGAGAAUCUUGAGUAUUACGGAGUCCUGCAAGAAAUCAUAGAAGCUCAAUAUAUUGGAGCGAAUCAUGUGACAUUGUUUAAAUGCGAUUGGUGAGAUGUUCACAGUCAUGGCAGGGGAAUAGUUACUGACCUCUAUGGGUUCACUAGUAUUAACACCAAAAAAGUGUUAGCUAAUGAUCCUUAUGUUUUUGCUUCUCAAGUAGAACAAGUUUUCUAUGUUGAUGAUGUUGUGAAACCGAAUUGGAAGGUUGUAGUUAAGACUAAGCCAAGAAACUUCUACGAUGUUGCUGAGGAGUCAAAUGGAACUAAUAACAUGGAUGAAACAUAUCCAUAAGCUUACCUUUCUAUAGAAAAUAUUUAGAUUUUGAGUUGACUUUUAACUAGAUCCUUUCUUUUGAUUUUUCAUAUAUAAACAUAUAGUACUAAUUAUUCAA